AUGAGUUCCACGGACGAGCUGGUGGUUUUGCUCGAAAAAAUCGGGUUCGAAGAGCCCAAAGUGAAAGAAAUCGUCAAGAACAAGAAGGUCGCGGGAUCCUUGGAAACCCUCAUCAACGAGGCUCCCGAGGGACAAGAGUGGGACAAACCACGCAGAACGCUUGUUCACAGUCUUGCACAGCUCGCGAAGGGUGCAGAACUACCCAACUCCAAGCUGGUUGUGGACGAAAUCGUUAACGGGAAUCUCAAAACGCCAUUGCAGGUGGACGCCGCCUACAAGUACGUCAAGCAGGCUGGAAACGCAGCGACAGCAGAUGAAGUCAAACAGGAGUGUGGUGUUGGCAUUGUGGUGACGGACGUGCAGGUUAGAGAGCGUGUGGUGCAGUACAUAGCCGACAACAAUGCGAAAAUCGUCGCAGAGCGUUACAAGCUCGUUCCAGGUAUUCUUGCCUCAGUGAAGGGCCUACCUGAGCUUAAAUGGGCUGAACCACGCUUGUUCAAGCCUAUCAUUGACGAGGAAAUCGUUAAGGUCUUGGGUCCAAAGGACGAAAGAGACGUGGUCAAGAAGGAGAAGAAAAAGAAGACCAAGGACUCCGGUGCGGCAAACGCGGCCAAAUCGGGCCCAGCUGACGCCACAAAUGAACCAAAAAGAACAAUGUUCACAGAAGGCUUUUUGGGCGACCUCCACAAGGUCGGUGAGAACCCACAGGCCUAUCCAGAACUCAUGGCAGAGCACCUCGAGGCGACUGGAGGCAAAGUGCGCACCAGAUUCCCACCCGAGCCUAACGGGUAUCUGCACAUUGGCCACUCAAAGGCCAUUAUGGUCAACUUCGGUUUUGCUAAACACCACGACGGUGUGUGCUAUUUGAGAUUUGACGACACCAAUCCUGAGGCCGAAGCCCCCGAGUAUUUCGAGUCCAUUAAAAGAAUGGUUUCAUGGCUCGGUUUCGAGCCUUGGAAGAUCACCUACUCCUCAGAUUACUUUGACCAGUUGUAUAAGUUGGCCGAAAGACUGAUCGAGAAUGGCAAAGCCUACGUUUGCCACAGUACGCCUGAGGAAAUCAGACGCGGUCGCGGGAUCCGGGAGGAUGGUACGCCUGGUGGCGACCGUUUUGGCUGCGAAUGGCGCGACAGAUCUCCAGAGGUUAACUUGGCUGAAUUCAGAAAGAUGAGAGAUGGUUUUUACAAACCUGGUGAAGCCACUCUGAGAAUGAAACAGGACUUUAACUCGCCCUCACCACAAAUGUGGGAUCUAAUCGCCUACAGAGUGUUGGACGCGCCUCACCCAAGAACGGGCGCUAAGUGGAAAAUAUACCCAACUUACGACUUCACGCACUGUUUGGUGGAUUCCCUCGAAAACAUCACUCAUUCUCUGUGCACCACUGAGUUCUACUUGUCGAGAGAAAGUUACGAAUGGCUUUGCGACCAGCUUCAUGUCUUUAGACCGGCUCAAAGAGAGUACGGUAGAUUGAACAUCACUGGAUCUGUGCUUUCGAAAAGAAAAAUUGCCAAGUUGGUGAACGAACAUUACGUGAGAGACUGGGAUGACCCCCGCUUGUUUACUUUGGAGGCCAUCAGAAGACGUGGUGUUCCCCCCGGUGCUAUCUUGUCUUUUAUCAAUACUCUAGGUGUCACCACCAGCACAACCAACAUCCAAGUCGUGCGUUUCGAAUCCGCGAUCAGAAAGUACCUCGAGGACAACACCCCAAGAUUGAUGAUGGUGUUGGAUCCUGUCGAAGUGGUGGUCGACAAUCUACCUGAUGACUACGAAGAAUUGGUCACCAUACCAUACAGGCCAGGCACCGUCGAGUUUGGUGACAGGCAGGUGCCUUUCACCAACCGUUUCUACAUUGAGAGAUCAGAUUUCUCUGAAGCUGUGAAUGAUAAAGAAUUUUUUAGAUUGACGCCCGAGCAAUCCGUGGGUUUGAUCAAGGUUCCUUACACUGUGUCUUUCAAAUCUUUGGAGAAGGAUACCGACGGCAAGGUCACUAGAAUCCACGUCAAAUACGACAAUGAGGAUGCUAAGCCCAAGAAACCUAAGACUUACAUCCAGUGGGUCCCUGUGUCAACUAAAUUUGCUUCGCCUCAGCGUAUUGUUGAGACCAGAAUUUACAACCAGUUGUUCAAAUCGGAAAAUCCAAUGGCAAACCCAGCUGGGUACCUCGAGGACAUCAACCCCGAGAGUGAGGUUGUCUACCCCAACUCUGUGGUGGAACACAACUUCAACUACGUGAUUGGGAAAUCGCCUUGGGUAAUCGAGAGCUCCAAGAAAUCCGAGUUUUACGUUGAGGAAGAAGCCGGCCGCAAGGAAGUGUGUCGGUUCCAGGCCAUGAGAGUCGGGUACUUCACGCUCGAUAAGGACAGCCAAACUGACCGUGUUGUUUUGAACAGGAUUGUUAGCUUAAAAGACAGUAGCAAAUAG